CGUCUUAUAGUUGUGGUGCGACCCACCACGCGUCGUAUUGUGACCGGUGCGGCUGUUAGUGAUGAACACCGAGCGCUUGACUGCCUCCCUCGCCGGCAAGAGCUGCAGCAUGCAGGCUCAGUGCAACGCUAGCGAACGCGUCCAAGCCGGCAUGAACCGGUGUAAUUCGUUGACUGCGUAACGCAAACGACUCGCCGGUGCAAUGCUUUGGCUCGCGACGCUCGCGGCAACACCCUUAAUCUCAGAGCAUCGCUUCGGGCAGCUCUGCCGCGCGGCUGUCGCGUGUAAGCGGCCAGUCGAACUCCGUGGCCGACGCGUCGCGCUCACCGAGGCGCUCCGCGUGCAACGGCAGGAUGAGCUCACCAUCUGCGGACCCGGUUGCAUCGACGGCAGCGGUCACAGCGUCGUCCAGGUCGAGGGAACCGGUCCGGGUCUAAAGCUCAUCGAUCUGGACCUGCACCAUAUAUCUGCACCUGAUCGCGCCGAGAAGCGCUCGCUUGGCGCCUGCAUAUUCGCCAGAGGCCGCGGCGCGAUCCGUCUCGAGCGCUGCCGCGUGACGAGCGAGGCCGGCUUCGGGCUCUGGCUGGUGCAGCGGUCGCGAGCGGUACUGAAAGAGUGCGAGGUCGUCGACCCGGGCCGGACGGCGGUCGCCGUGUUUAAUGUUGCCAAGGUCGACGUUUCGUCGUCAACGAUAACGGGCGGAGACCCCCACGGCGUCUGCGCGCGGGGCGAGGCGUACGUGGCGAUACGCGACUCGCGCGUCGUCGGCGCCGCAGACCGGGCCUGCUACGCGUACAUGUCCGCGCGAUUGGACCUGGCGCGAACGGAGGUCUCCGCAAACGACGCGACAGCCGCGGCCAUCCAGGUCGAGGCGCUGCGGCCCGGCGACGCGGCGAGGCUCGUGCUCGACGACGUGGUCGUCUCCGAAGCAACGCGCGGCCGUGGCGUCUCCGUCGCCGGCAAGGUCGCGGUGACGCUUGAGGGCGUGAACGAGCUCCGCGGGCCGAUCGACUCCGCGCCGGCCGUGUUAAGGGAACUGUACUUGUAAAC